CGCACUCCGAGCCGGCGGCGGCUCCCAGAAGCCCUUGUGACUCGGCUCUCAGCAGGGAAGUGUCUGGAAUUUCUGGGACCCAAAGUUUGGGCUGAAAAGCUUCUAGGCGGCUCUAGUUCGGACCAGGAGGCAACAACAGGGAACAGAAGGCAGUGGUCACCAAGCCGGGGAAACAACCCCUGCCUGGCAGCCUCGCCUCCUGAUUUCAGAAAGCCGCCGCCGCCCCUGUGGGGACUACCUUUCCCAGGGGCCCUUGCGCUGGGGGACACGCCCACUUCCGGCGAGGACUUGCAGCGCGGGCGUGAGCCGAGGUUCCGAGGAGAAAGCCCAAGUGGCGCGGUGGCAGUGGUACCCCCGGGGGGAGGCGCCGAGUGGUCGGCGUUGCUGUCUGAGCACGUGGGGGAGGGGACGUCUUGAACACGCGCGUGUGGCUUGACUGUGGCGGUGCGUGGUGUGUGUGUGGUGAGUGUGACUGGGACGAGAAGUCGGGUACAUGUGUGAGAUGUGACUUGGGGGGCGAGGAUGAGUCAAGUGUGAGUCUGGGGCCUGUGUUUCUGCGCGUGUCUUUUGUGCACCUGCACGUCCCAGCUGCAUGUGAGGAGCGGCUUGUCUUGGAAAGAAUGAAGGAAUUUGCCCGAGAGCUGGAAACACCGCCGGCCGAGACCACCCCCACUUCCUUCCUCUUCCUCCUCUCCGGCGGACACACACACACACACACACACAAGACUCAAGCACCCAGAGCCCUCGAAGCCUGAGAAGGUGCCUGGUUGGGGCGCUGCGGCUUCUGGAGCAUUCUUGCCAGUCCCACCUGGAAGGUGUGGAAGUUGGGCCACGUCCCCAAGUCCACAGGACUGAGUAUAGAGAUGAGACACUGAAGAAUAGAGAAGACAAGUGAUCACUAGUAGGUGGAAGAGCCAGGAUUCACAUCCAGGACGGGCUGAUCCAGAGUCCCCUGUGUCCCAGCUCUCAUGCAAUCCCCUCCACAACUGCUUGAGGUAGGUAUCGUUAACCACUUUUGACAGUUGAAGAAACUGACCCUGAGGGGGUUAAAUAAGUUCGAGAAUUCAGAUCCCAAACCUCCACUGUGCAGUUUUGUUUUGUUUUUUUUCUUGAACUUUCUGACCCAGUUUCUGUUAAGUAAAAUGGUGACCUAUACCUCACAGGGCUAUUAUAAGGUUGAGUGCGCUCAUAGUAAUGCACUCGCUACAGUCCCUGCCACAUUAUAGGUGUUGAUUCUUAGCAUCGUCAUCAUUAUAAUACUGCUUUUCCAAAGCAGUCGAAUUCAGGAGAAAGCGGGGGACAGGGGACUUCUUCCGAACUAUAGUUUGUCACACAGCAAAAUGAGAACCUGGGUCUCCUGACGGUGUUUUGGUCCAUCUCUCUGCAAGCCACCUGGACUGCUGUAACAAAGGUAAUGCCCCUUUCUGGGGAAGGUGGCUUUUUUCAUGUCUCAUAGACUUUUUACAAAUCCUGAGUAGUUGUUUACAAGCUUGUGACUUGUGCACAAGUUCAUUUUCCAGAACUUUUCAUGUGUGCGGUAGUGGCCAUGGUCCCUAUUUUCAUUGACAGCUGUGAAGGUCAGAUCAGGGUAGUGAUAUUUGCAGCAUGCCUAGGACAUGUCUGUUGUGAAAGGAUGGGUGUCUUUGAGCGAGAGAGAGAUUGUGCUCAGCCUGAAAAUCCAGAGCAGUGCAGAGCCCCAACUGUAAAUGAAAGGUUUCCUAGUGAGUGGCUGGACUAUGGGGGCAGGGAACAGAUAUGGGAAGAUCAGAGGGAAGGAAAGGGAAAAGUUUCCAGGCUGUGAUUGCUAGAGUUACUCAGUCUCUCACCAAUCAUUUCUCCUCCCCCCCAGCUGUGCCCUCUCAGGGUAAAGCCCUUCUCCACAUGAGGUGCCGAGAAGAAGAGGUGGUGAUGGGAAUUGAACUUCUUAAAACCAUGUCCCUGGAUUCAGUGACAUUCACGGAUAUAGCCAUAGACUUCUCCCACGACGAGUGGGAACGGCUGAAUCCUGCUCAAAGGACUUUGUACAAGAAGGUGACGUUAGAGAACUACGGGAACCUGGUUUCACUGGGUCUUUGCAUUUCUAAACCAGAUGUUAUCGCCUUACUUGAGCAAGGUAAAGAGCCCUGGAUGGUGACAGGUGAGACGACAGGAGGCCUGUGCCCAGACUUGGAGUAUGUGUGGAUGACAAAUGAAUUAUCUCCAGACCAGGAAAUCUUUGAGGAAAAAUUAUCCCAGGCAGUGGUAAUGGAAAGACUUCCAAGCUAUGACUUUGAAUAUUCCACAUUAGGAGAAAACUGGAAAUGUGAAGACCUGCUUAAGAGGGAGCUGAUAAGUCAGAAGACACAUUUUAGGCAAGAGACAGUCAUUCAUAUGAAUACCUUUAUUGAGAAAGGAGAUCAAUCUAACAAAUCUGGGACAGUUUUUCAUCUGAGUACAUUAUCUUAUAUAAAACAGGCACUUCCUAUUGAAGAGAGAAUAUAUAAUUUUGACACAGAUAAGAAAAGUUUAAAAACACAUUCCUUUGUUAAAAAACACAAACAAAUCUAUGGAGAAAAGAAACUUUUGAAAUGUAAUGACUGUGAGAAAACUUUCGGCAAAAUCUCAACUCUUACUCUUCAUCAAAGAAUUCACACUGGAGAAAAACCCUAUGAAUGUAUUGAAUGUGGGAAAGCCUUUAGCCAAAGUGCCCACCUUGCUCAACAUCAGAGAGUCCACACAGGAGAAAAACCCUUUGAAUGUACUGAAUGUGGGAAAGCCUUCAGCCAGAAUGCUCAUCUUAUUCAGCAUCAGAGAGUUCAUACUGGAGAGAAACCAUAUCAAUGUAAGCAGUGUAAUAAAGCCUUCAGCCAGCUCGCACAUCUCACUCAACACCAGAGAGUUCAUACUGGAGAGAAACCCUAUGAAUGCAUCGAAUGUGGAAAGGCUUUUAGUGACUGUUCAUCCCUAGCUCAUCAUCGAAGGAUUCACACUGGAAAAAGACCCUAUGAAUGUAUUGACUGUGGGAAAGCUUUCAGGCAGAAUGCUUCUCUUAUACGUCACCGGAGGUAUUGUCACACUGGAGAGAAACCCUUUGAUUGUAUUGAUUGUGGGAAAGCUUUCACUGAUCACAUAGGACUUAUUCAGCAUAAGAGAAUUCAUACUGGAGAGAGACCUUACAAAUGUAAUGUGUGUGGCAAGGCCUUUAGCCAUGGCUCAUCCCUGACUGUACAUCAGAGAAUUCAUACAGGAGAGAAACCCUAUGAAUGUACUAUCUGUGAGAAAGCCUUUAGCCAUCGUGGCUCACUUACUCUUCAUCAAAGAGUUCAUACUGGAGAGAAGCCCUACGAAUGUAAGGAAUGUGGAAAAGCUUUUCGCCAGAGCACACACCUCGCCCAUCAUCAGAGAAUUCAUACUGGGGAGAAACCUUACGAAUGUAAGGAAUGCAGCAAAACCUUCAGCCAGAAUGCACACCUUGCACAGCAUCAGAAAAUACACACUGGAGAGAAACCCUAUGAAUGUAAGGAAUGUGGCAAGGCCUUCAGCCAGAUUGCACACCUUGUUCAACACCAGAGAGUCCAUACCGGCGAGAAGCCUUAUGAAUGUAUUGAAUGUGGGAAGGCCUUUAGUGAUGGCUCCUAUCUUGUUCAACAUCAGAGACUCCACACUGGCAAGAGGCCGUAUGUGUGUCUUGAAUGUGGGAAGGCAUUCAGACAGAGGGCAUCGCUCAUCUGUCACCAAAGGUGUCACACAGGCGAAAAACCUUAUGACUGUAACAUCUGUGGGAAAGCCUUUAGCCAUCGUAAAUCCCUUACUCUGCAUCAAAGGAUUCACACAGGAGAGAAACCUUAUGAAUGUAAAGAAUGCAGCAAAGCCUUCAGCCAGAUUGCCCAUCUGACACUACAUAAGAGGAUUCAUACUGGAGAAAGGCCCUAUGAAUGUAAAGAAUGUGGAAAAGCCUUCAGACAGAGUGUGCACCUUGCUCACCAUCAGCGAAUUCAUCCUGGAGAACCGGACGUGGAGAAGAAAUCCUACGACUGCAGCGAGUGUGGCAAGGCUUUCGGCCGCAGCUCGUCGCUGAUGAAGCACCAGCGCAUCCACAGCGGGGAGAAGCCCUUCCAGUGUGACGUGUGCGGAAAGCACUUCCUGGAGCGGUCGUCUCUGACCAUCCACCAGCGGGUCCACACGGGCGAGAAGCCCUACGCGUGCGGGGACUGCGGCAAGGCCUUCAGCCAGCGCAUGAACCUGAUCGUGCACCAGCGCACGCACACCGGCGAGAAGCCGUACGCCUGCGGCGUGUGCGGGAAGGCCUUCCGGAAGACCUCGUCCCUGGCCCAGCACGAGAGGGUGCACACGGGCGAGAAGCCCUACGCCUGCGGGGACUGCGGCAAGGCCUUCAGCCAGAACAUGCACCUGAUCGUGCACCAGCGCACGCACACCGGCGAGAAGCCCUACGUGUGCGGGGACUGCGGCCGCGCCUUCAGCCAGAACAUGCACCUGACGGAGCACCGGCGCACGCACACGGGCGAGAAGCCGUACGCGUGCGGGGACUGCGGCCGCGCCUUCAACAAGAGCUCAUCGCUGACGCUGCACCGGCGCAACCACACGGGCGAGAAGCCCUACGCGUGCGGCGAGUGCGGCAAGGCCUUCAGCCAGAGCUCCUACCUCAUCCAGCACCAGCGGCUGCACAUCGGCGUGAAGCCCUUCGAGUGCGGCCAGUGCGGCAAGGCCUUCAGCAAGAACUCCGCCCUGACGCAGCACCAGAGGAUCCACACCGGCGAGAAGCCCUACGCCUGCUACAUCUGCAAGAAGCACUUCACGGGCCGGUCGUCCCUGCUGGUGCACCAGAUGGGCCACACGGGCGAGAAGCCCUACGCCUGCAGCGAGUGCGGGAAGGCCUUCAGCCAGAGCGCCUACCUCAUCGAGCACCAGCGCAUCCACACGGGCGAGAAGCCGUACCGGUGCGCGCAGUGCGGGAAGGCCUUCAUCAAGAACUCCUCGCUCACAGUGCACCAGAGGAUCCACACCGGGGAGAAGCCCUACCGGUGCGGCGAGUGUGGGAAAACCUUCAGCCGGAACACCAACCUCACGCGGCACCUGAGGAUCCACACCUAGAGAGGCUGUCCCCCCCCCCCCCCGCCUCGACUGCAUCAGGUGGUUGGGGCCUUAGCCGGGAAUCCGCACCAGUGGGCGGAGCCCUCAGCCGGGACUCCGCAAGGUGGGCGGGGCCUUAGCCGGGAAUCCUCACGGAUGGGCGGGACCCUCAGCCGGGAAUCUGCACCAGGUGGGCGGGGCCCUCAGCCGGAAGUCUGCACAGGUGGGCAGGACCCUCAGCCGGGAAUCUGCACAGGUGGGCGGGGCCCUCAGCCGGAAGUCUGCACAGGUGGGCAGGACCCUUAGCCAGGAAUCUGCACAGGUGGGCGGGGUCCUUAGCAAUGAAUUUGCACCAGGUGGGGGGCAGUUCCCUCGUGGCGACCCAGGGUGGCGCCGCCCCACAAAAUUUAGGAAUAUAGGGGCCCCGGUGCACGCACGCGCCUUCCUGGCAGGGCGUCCGCAACACCAUCCAACCAGAACGCAAACUCCUGAGUGCCCAGCGUACUUGGGAACAGUGCGAAGUUGGCUGUGGCUGGUACCUCACCGGAGCUCCAGGAACCAGACCGAGCUCUCAGUAAAUCGUGAGCGCUCUCAGCGUAUUUAGAGGCCCCGGUUUCCGUUCUGAUAGUAAAGUGGGAGAGGGCCGUGGGGGGGAGAGCUUCUUCAGAGAACCUGGGGACAUUUCUUCCCUUGUCACACACACCGUGGUUAGUCCGUGAGGUUCCUCCUCAGGUAAGAGCUGGGGCGGGGGGGAGGGUCCUCCGCCUUCCAGACAUCCCAGCCCCCCCUGCAGUCUCCCUGAACCUUACUGGAACACCCCCACCACACACACAAGCUAAUAAGCGGUAAAAGUUGGCAAGUCGUUCGCGAGGGAUUUUUUUUUUUUUUUUUUGCAGGGUUAGUAAGAACAGUAACCACUUUGGAUGCCAAAGUUUCUUAUAGUGGUCUGUUAACAUUUUUUUAAAUAAAACUUUUCAUGAUGGGAGAGCAGCGUUAUUUUAAGCAGUCAUCAGGUGAGAUAGAUACAGGGACCAGCUGUGCUGUCGGUUUCAGUGCUUGUGGGAGGGGCAGGGGAGUGAAUUCCAGCAGGCCUGAUACUCGGGUUUAAAUCCUCACUGGAUUCAGUAAGUGUGCAGCUGAGUCUCUCUUUAUAGUUAUUUUUGCAGUUAAACUUGAAGGAGUUUCUUGAGGCUGACCUGAAGCUUUGUAUACACAGAGUUCCCCCAGUCUCCUCUCUCUGGGGCCUUUCCACCACCCUUUUUAUUUUAAUGUGCUUGUGCUACUGGUCCUGGCAUGUCUGACUGUCCCACGCUUCCUGAUGCUGCUGUUCACAAAGAAUAAAUAAUUUAUUUUAAGCAGUCA